AUGAUCAACUCCGUUGCUCUCUUGGCCCUUGUUGCCAGCCCGGCCUUUGCCGGUGUCAUGCAAGCUCGUGGUGAGGACUUCAUCAAUCCCGCUGCUCAGGCUUCUGCCGUCGCUCCCAAGGCUGAGGCCUGGGGCGAGAGCUGGUCCAAGCCCGCCCACGAGUCUUUCACUCGUCCCACCGACAAGCAUGAGUCGUGGACCACCCCGUGCACCACCUCCACCACCCCGGUGCACACCCACACCACCCCGACUCACUCCCACACCACGGAGACCAAGCCCACCACUCCUUGCACCACCUCCACCACCCCGGUGCACACUCACACCACGGAGACUAAGCCCACCACUUCCACCACCCCGGUGCACACCCACACCAAGCCUCACACUCCUGUGAACCCGGGCACCACCAAGACCCUCACUAUCGUGACCACCACCUGCCCUGUCACCACUGAGACCCACACCUCGGGCUCCAAGACCUUCACCGUCCCCGUCACUGGAACAAGCACCAUCACCAUCACCAAGACCACCGUCUGCACUCAGUGCGAGGAGAAGCCCAUGACCUUCUCCAACGCUACUGUGCCCGCCACUGCUGGCCCUACCGCUCCCGCUAAGGUCACCAGCGCCGUCGUUGUGUCUUCUGAGACCCCUGCUCCUCCUCCCGCUUCUUCCAAGCCCGCUGUGCCCGUUGUGCCUGCCUCCAGCGUGCCCGUUGUGCCUGUUGUGCCUGCCUCCAGCAAGCCCGCUGUUCCUGUUGUGCCUGCCUCCAGCAAGCCCGCUGUUCCUGCUGCCAGCCAGCCCGCUGUUCCUGCUGCCAGCCAGCCCGCUGUUCCUGCUGCCAGCCAGCCCGCUGCCUCAGUUCCCGCUGUCCCUGCUGCUAGCCAGCCCGCUGCCUCAGUUCCCGCUGUCCCUGCUGCUAGCCAGCCCGCCGCCUCGGUUCCUGCUGUCCCUGCUGCCAGCCAGCCCGCUGCCUCGGUCCCCGCUGUCCCUGCUGCCUCAGUUCCCGCUGUCCCUGCUGCUAGCCAGCCCGCCGCCUCGGUCCCCGCUGUCCCUGCCGCCAGCCAGCCCUCCACCCCUGAGCAGUCCACCACCCCUGAGACUCCCUCUACCCCCGAGCAGUCCACCACCCCCGAGACUCCCUCUACUCCCGAGUCUACCCCAUCUACCCCCGAGCAGCCCGGCUCCUCUUCCACCCCCAACACCUUCACUGGUGCUGCCUCCAACGUCAAGCCCGCUGCCGGUCUCCUUGCCGGUAUCGUCGGUAUGAUGGCUCUCCUGUAA